UGACUGUAUUUAUCUACUGCAUAAAUCAUUUCUCUUUCUCUAUAUAUAGAGAUCGGAGAGAGAUCACUAUAUAUCAAUAGCCAACUGAUCUUGCUCAUAAGUGGAACAGACAGCUCAGAGUACUUCGUUAUUAUCAGGAAAUUCGGGGGAAAAAAAGAGAGAAACUUGAAAGAUGGAGGAAUCGGCAGCGCCUAUUUACACUCCGGGAGAAACAAGCGAUGCUGGAACAGAAAAUGAUUUGUAUCAUCGGUGGAAAAGAUUGGCAUGGAAAAUCGAGCGUGCUUUAGAUCAAAGAAAAAAAGAGGAUGAUUUAAUAUAUAAUAUUUCUCUCAGGAUUCCAGAUGUGCAUCGAAAAGUGAACGAAGAAGCUUACACUCCUCAGGUUAUUUCAAUAGGGCCUUUUCACCAUCGCUCAUCAAAAUUGCAAUUCAUGGAAAAUUAUAAACUGAGAUGUCUCGAGAAUUUCAUGAAACGGGCCAAUACAAGUUUGAUGGAUUUAGUUGGCCACGUAUUCGUCGGGGAGCAUUUUUUACGUGCGUUUUAUGAAGGGACAAUUGAAAUUGAGUCCGACGAUUUAAUACAAAUGAUCCUGGUGGAUGCGUGCUUCAUCAUUGAGUUUUUCUUGAAAAAUUUUUCAGGACCAAAAAAUUGGACUCUUGACGACACUAUAGAAUUAAAGCCAUGGCUGAUUUCUAGGAUGAAAUUAGACUUGAUAUUAUUUGAGAAUCAACUUCCUUUCAAUAUAAUCCAGACCUUAUAUGAGAAGCUAGUUCCACGCGAGUUUCCCUCAAUGUACCCAUCCAGCUUCCUCGAGCUUGCCUUUAACUUCUUUAGAGCUCACAACCUUCAAAACAUACCUCAUGAUCAGAUAGGUAAACAUGAGGUAAUUCACUUUCUUGAUUUGCUGAGACACUUUAACUUGCCUCGUCACCGAAACCUCCAAGAAAGAAGUUACGGAAAUGUAGUUAGGAAAAUGUACUGUGCCUCCCAGCUGGCUGAGGCAGGAUUGAAGUUUCAGCCAAUUUCAGGCGGAUCCUUACUUGACGUAAGAUUUAGUGAGGGAGUGUUGGAAAUCCCAUCUUUUCCAUUAGACAAUACCACAGAGAUUUAUGCACGGAACAUCAUGGCCUGGGAGCAAUGUGCCUAUCCAGAUGAAGCAUAUGUUACUGAUUAUUUUAUGAUGUUAGAUUUUCUUAUCAAUACAGGCAAAGAUGUGGAUUUACUUGUUCAAGAGGGGAUCCUUGUGAAGGGCCCGGGCACCAACAGUAGAACAACUUUACCCACCAAUUUGUGCACAGGUAUCUCACAUUGGGGCAUCAAUGAUGAUUAUGGUGAUAUCUGUAGACAAUUGGUGGAUUUCCGUAAAAAACAUUGGUAUGUAAUUCUGAAGAGUAGCUUGAGAAAGGAUUAUUUUCGGACGCCUUGGAUGGGUGCUGCUACCAUUGGUGCUAUCUUCUUGUUGAUUCUCACUCUCAUACAAACUGUAUGUACUGUGAUUUCGAUAUUCAUGUAGAGUGUAGCUGCUUGUGUAAUAAUUCUUAAGAGUAUAUAUUGAAUUGCUUGCCUAAUGAAAAGGCCAAAGCUAUGUGUAUAAGAGAAUGAUUAGCAUGAGUGUGAGUCGUGACAGUUGAAAUAAGGAGAGUGAAUCUGUUGUGCGUAUAAGAGUGAAAGCGAGCACUAGUUAUAAUGUGUUUGUCUUGUUUGCUAAUAUCUUAAUAAAGUUAUUUUGGUUCUUUUCUA